AUGCAAUCAAAAAUUAAAACUGGGGCUGGCCUAAAUAAUGGCAAUAGUAAUAAAAUGUCUCCGAGAAAGUUGGGGAAUGAAUUUAAAAAUAAGUUUAAGAAUAUCAUUACAAAAACGAAAAGAUGUAUGCAAAAAUUAAAACCAAAAUGCAAGAAAGCAGCAAUUGAGAUAGCUAUAGCUGCUGCUAUAGAACUAGUUGAUAAUUCUGUUAUAAAACUUCCUCGCAUUAUUCCUAUACCAAAAACUGGUGGGUCGUACUACAACUGUCCCGCAGACCCAUUGCUUGAUUUAAGUAGCUUUAAGGAGAAGGCUCCGCUAUUUGUGAUAGAUUGUUCAAGACAAAACGACAGUCUAAAAACGGGACCCGUAGAUGUUCGUUUGGAGAUUGAAUGUACAACGGCAAUACCAGAGAAGACAACUGGAUAUUGUUUAAUCAUUAACGAUCAACUUGUGGAAUAUAAGCCUUUAAGCAACAUAGUGCGCAAGUUGACAUGA